AUGGCAGACUCAACUCAUAAAACCAAGCGGAUCAUCUCCGUCGUUGCGGGAACAUUAGUAGCUCUGGCCUGUGGGACCAAUUAUGCGUACUCAGCAUGGGCACCACAAUUUGCGCAUCGAAUGAAGAUCUCAUCAACCGAAAGCAACUUCAUCGGCGCAGCUGGCAAUCUGGGAAUGUACGCAUCGGGAGUUCCAAUGGGGUUGUUAACAGAUGCUCGAGGUCCACGGCUUACAACAUUUCUGGGUGCUGUAGCCCUCGGAAUCGGCUAUUAUCCUAUAUACUUAGCCUAUGAGCAUGGGAAGGGCUCGCUCAGUGUUGGUUUCUUAUCCCUUUUCUCGUUCCUUACUGGCCUCGGAAGUUGCUCCGCCUUUUCUGCGUCGAUCAAAACAGCCGCUUCAAAUUUCCCCAACCAUCGCGGAACAGCGACCGCAUUCCCAUUGGCGGCCUUCGGCUUAAGUGCCCUUUUCUGGUCUGCUGUAUCGUCCAUUGUAUUCAAAGAUGAUACUGGCCGGCUUCUUCUUCUGCUGGCCCUGGGGACCUGUAUCUUAAACCUCGUCUCCGUUCCCUUUCUUCGACUCAUGCCCCCAACUGAAGCGUACAUCCCGCUAUCCCGGAACCGAUCGCCAGGAGUAGAGUACAACCGACCGCACAGGACGAGGUCCGCUGAUUUGCGUUAUGUUCCAGAGGAGUCUGAUGAAGCAGGUAUGCAGAGUUCUAAAGCUUUUGAAACCCACCCCCAGAUGCACGUAAGGUCGCAAUCUCUCGCGUCGAACAACUCCCACCCUCCUCACCACAACCCCGACUUGGAUGAAACAUCAUCGUUGGUAUCCAAAAGCGCGUCGAGGCAUUCUCGGGAGGUGGCGGACGAGGAAGAUGAUGCACAGUCUAAUGUUAGCGUCGGCUCACCUCAUCCAGACAUUAGAGGCUUGGCGAUGCUUCCCAGGGUAGAAUUCUGGCAGCUUUUCUUGACGAUGGCUCUUCUUUCUGGAAUUGGACUGAUGACGAUCAAUAAUAUUGGCAACAGCGCCAAGGCGCUGUGGAAAUACUACGAUGAUAGCGCCAGCUCCAGAUUCAUCCAACAGAGACAGGUCAUGCAUGUGUCCGUCCUGUCAUUUGGCAAUUUCGUUGGCCGACUUUGCAGUGGAAUUGGAUCAGAUCUGCUGGUCAAAAAGCUCGACAUGUCGCGAUUCUGGUGCUUAUUUAUCUCGGCAGUUGUCUUCACCUUGACCCAACUAGCCGGAGCUGCCAUCUCCAAUCCACACCAAUUGAUCGUAGUGUCCGGAUUCACUGGCAUCGCAUACGGAUUCCUUUUCGGCGUCUUCCCGUCCUUGGUGGCUCAUACUUUCGGGAUCGGAGGCCUUUCCCAAAACUGGGGUGUGAUGACCCUUGCUCCCGUUUUGAGCGGAAACGUCUUCAACUUGCUGUACGGCAGCAUUUACGACCAACACUCUAUAGUCGGUCCAGAAGGAGACCGGGACUGCCCCGAUGGCUUGGGCUGUUACCGGACGGCAUACUAUACCACAUUCUUCUCCGGGGUAGCUGGAGUAAUAGUAUGCUUGUGGAGUAUCCUGCGCGAGAAGCAGGUCCACGGAGCGAUUCGCAAGAAAGUCGAACAUGACCGUCUUGCCUAAUUUGGGGUCUAUCCCGUUUGUUCAGACCGGGGCUCUUGGGCUUUCCAAAAAAAAAAUUGACUGGCUAAAACGCUAUCCUUGCAUGUUUUGUUUCUUUCUUUUUCUUUCCCUUAGCAAUUAAUACCCAAGUCUGAGCGAUAUCUGCGAUUAUCUUGAUAUCUC